UGGCAAUUCUCUUAAGGCUGAUCGGUUAGGACCGCAACCAUGGCGAGCUCGAACAUCGCUGCUACUGGUGUACCUACCACUCCUGACGCCAACGGUGCGGUCCCCAUCAGACGAGAAAUUCGCGAUCUCCAGGCGAAUUACAAAGACCAAUGGAACCUCUACCUUCUGGGCCUCGCCGCCUUCCAAAACGUGUCUGAGACAGACCUGCUUUCGUACUACCAAUUGGCCGGCAUUCAUGGCGAGCCAUACAUUCCUUGGAACGAUGUCGCCGGUAUACAGAAUCCAGGGAACGGCGGAUACUGCACUCACAGCUCGAUCCUUUUCUUGACCUGGCAUCGUCCAUAUCUCGCUCUGUACGAGCAAUCUCUCUAUGCCAUCAUCCAAGGAAUUGCGCAAGAGUUUCCCUCUGCAGUCCAAGCCCGCUAUGUCGCCGCUGCAAAGGAUUUCAGGAUGCCAUAUUGGGAUUGGGCCGCGAAGGUCGGCUCUGGAAGCGCAUUUCCGUCUGCGAUUAGCUCCCAAACCGCCACAGUCAUUGAUACCGAUGGCGCUACGAAGCAGAUCAACAACCCGCUUUUCAGUUUCCAGUUUCCCGCGAGUGCUAGCGAAGGAGAUCUAGAUCAAAACUGGAGCAGCUUCCCAGGCACUCUUCGCUACCCAGAUAGUAGCGACUCGACUGCGCAAUCUAACAAUUCUUCAGUGACCCAAAUCAUUAACCGGGAGAACCCCUCGCUCCGCAACAACGUUUCUUUGAUUCUUCUCUCAUACACCCAAUUCGACGCCUUUAGCAACAAUCAAUGGCUUCGGAACGGCCGACCAGGAACCUACGGAAGUCUUGAAGACUUGCACAACGAGAUCCACGAUAAAGUGGGUGGAGGCGGACAUAUGGGCUCUUUGGAAGUGUCUGCUUUCGAUCCUGUAUUUUGGCUACAUCAUUCCAAUGUCGACCGCCUCUGGGCUAUAUGGCAAACCCUCAACCCAAAUAGUUUUGUGACUCCCAAAGCUAGUGAAGGUAACUUUACCACGCAGCAGGGUGCGCGCGAAGAUGCGAACAGCCAACUCAAGCCUUUCUGGAACACGACUGGAACCAAAUUCUGGGUGUCUACUCAAGUGAAGGACACGAAGACCUUUGGAUACGCUUACCCCGAGACCCAGAGCUGGGCGUUCCCAAGCACUCAAGCGUAUCAGUCAGCACUUCGGAGCACGGUGACGCAGGAGUACGGUGGGAACGUCCUGUCGAACUUCUUCGCAAAUGCGGGCGCUGCAACAGCGCAAAUACAGACCGCGGCUCUUCCAGGAGCCGUGCCGAAGCAAUUGGCACAGCAUUUCGUUCAGAAGGGCACGCAACCAGCAGAUGUCGCUGCUCCAAGUCUUGCAGCCCAGGUUGCCAUACAUCACCCUGCUAAAACGGACAACAAAACGCUCCAAUCAGUCGUUAAAACCGCAGAAGUAGCUCCUUCACCCGCAACAACUCCCUCUGAGAAGAAGGCUGAGCCAGCUGCCACACCUGUUGCUCCUCCCAAGGCCUCCGCCAUCGUACCGGAGAAAUUUGCACACAUCGCCCCAGACAACACAUACACAGAGUGGAUCACCAAUCUCCGAGCCCUCAAACACGGCCUGUCGCAGACUUUCCGCGUCUUCAUCUUCCUCGGUGACUUUAACCCUGACCCCAAGACCUGGCCACUGGAGGAGAACCUAGUGGGCCGCUUCACAGUCCUCGGGCGCGCCCCAGAUACCGGCUGUGCCAAGUGCAAAACAGAUCAGGAAGACGAGCUCGUGGUGACGGGGACCGUGCCACUGACGACGGCACUUCUCCGAGAGGUUGUGGCGGGCCGGCUGCACAGCUUGCAAACCGAGGAGGUGGAGCCGUAUCUUGUGCGGCAUUUGCACUGGCGCGUGACGCUAUUCAAUGGGGAGGAAAAGGAGAGGAGCGAGGUGCCUGGGUUGAAGGUGGCAGUUGUGAGCACGGAGGUGAGGAUCGCAGAGGAUGGGACGCCGGUGUUUGGGAGCGAGUAUGCGACGCAUCCUGCGAUUACGGAUGGGAGGCCGGCGGGGCUGCUGCCGGAUGAUGAUGUUUAGGAGUGCUUUCUUUUGUGAGGCGUGGCUAUAGGUUGGGCUAUAGGUUAAAUUGUUCUCUAUUGAAGAGGAGUACUUGGUUCACGUUUGAUUGUCACACUCAAAGAGCCGUAGCACUAUCAAGUAACUCCAUGUAUGUGUCCAUGGUCUUCACGCUGAGUCUAUCA